AUGGGGAGAGCAUACGAGAAUCUAGUGGAGCACACGGAGAGGAGGGAGUGCCUGGAGAGGAUGGUGAGGAUGAAGUUGGAGUCGGAAGUGGUGCGUCUCAAUGAGGAUAACAGGGAUUUUAAAGAUCAGUUACAUCAAUGUCUCUCCCAGUUGCAUCAACUAAAUGACUCAAUGACGUCACUGAACGCCUCUUCCUCACUAUCGUCGCCAGCCGCGUCACCUCUGACGUCAUCGUUGGAGCUGCAGCAGAAGGAGCUGCAGAAGAAGGAUGUGGUACUGAUGAAGUUGCUGAAGCAAAACCGAUGUCUGUUGAACGCGAAGAACGAGUUGGAGUACGAGGCCAGUUUGCUGAGGGGCUCGCUGGAGGAGCAGAAAAAACAGAUGACCUUCAUGCAACUUUCCCUAUCGAGACUGCAACAACAACAAUUUCUAAAUGAACCACAUCAACAACACAAACAACAUCAUCACACGCUAGUGUUUAUGUUUGUGAUAGAGAACACAUGCACUAACACACCAGACCAGACGGCCUCCCAUACUAACGCUAUCAACAAAAGUAGCAAUAGAGGGUAG